UGACAGUCCACGGCCGCAGUGCGGGCCCCUCAUCCAGAGGAUGGAAACGCCCCACCAAGCAACCCUAAAAUGAUUUGAACGUUCCUUGGCUGCAGCCGAGGAUUGGAAGCCUGGUGCUUGGGAAGCUCUUGGAAAAAUCAAGAAAUCUUGGGAAAUGGGUCCAGCCCGGCACAGCUGGGUAACGCCGCGGAGCUCCACAGGGCAUCUCCAGGAGCUGUCCCGAGCCCUGCAGAGCUGGAGCAGAGCACAGCAGCCACCCCUUGGUGCGGUGACGUCCCAUGAAGACAUUUUGAGCCUCCGCACUUCCUGACCUGGGCUUAUUUCACGUGUCUGGGUCUGCCUUGGCUGCUCUGGAAAGAUCUGAUGUGGUGGAGAGGAGCAGCGGGAGGAGGAACGCGAGGAUGAGGCUGGAGCAGACCCUGCCCCUGCUGGGGCUCCUGCUGUGUGCAGUUGGCAUCACAGCUCAGGAGGAUAAAGAAGUGGAGGGGGAAUUCCUGGUGGAGAUUUCUGGCACCACGGUGACAAUCACGUGUCCCUUUGAGGACGAGGACAUCCGAUGGGAGCUGUUUGGGACGGCAGGGGACACCAAGGAGAGGAAGUUCAUUAUAAAGGACCACGACAGCUCCCCUGCCAACCUGAGCUGUUCCUCGGGGAGUCAGAAGCGCCAGCUGUACCUGAAUGCCAGAGUGUGUGCCAACUGCGAGGAGCUGGACGCCCUGACGGUGACAGGGAUCAUCACUGCGGACCUCCUCAUCACCCUGGGGGUGCUGAUCCUGGUCUAUUAUUUCAGCAAGGGCAGGAAGGGACGAGCCAGCUCUGCUGGGGACCGCCGGCCACGAGGUCAGAAGACGCAGCGUCCUCCCCCUGUGCCAAACCCGGAUUAUGAGCCCAUCCGCAAAGGCCAGCGGGAGGUGUAUGCAGGCCUGGAACCCAGGGGCUUCUGAGAUUCCCGGGAAUAACAGGCUAGAAGCAGCAGCACUGGGGCUAAACGCUUCUGCCCAGCUCGUUCCCAGCUCUGCUGAGGCUCUGGCAUUUUGGGAUAAGCCACAGGAUGGGGAUGCACCAUCCCACCCUGGGGUUUACCAUCAGGGAACAGAAACGGGCACAUUGGCAAGAGAUUUCCUUCUCAAUAAAGGACUGCAGCCUCA